AUGACAAAAUUCGAAUCAAUGUCUAAUGAACUAUUAAUGAAAGUGUUUGAAUAUUAUGAUUUGUAUUCACUCUUCUCAUUAUUCACUUCACUUAAUUCUCGUUUUGAUGCUUUUAUUAAUCGUUGUCAAUUUUAUGCUAAUCUCGAUUGUAUUAAACCGAUCAAUUUCGUUGAUUUUCUUGUAUAUAUUUUACCUCGAGUCAAUCCGUGCCAAAUUCGAUCACUUCACUCUUCGAAAUCACACCAAAUAACGCUUCUUGCUUAUGAUAAAUCUCUUGUCUGUUUUACUCAUAUUCGUUCACUUUCUUUAAACGAAAUUCCAUCGAGCACGGUGCGUUAUAUGGUCGAACGUAUUCAUUUUUCUCGUCUUGAACGUGUUUUACUCAAUCAAUGUAAAGGUAACUGGGAAGAUACAUGGUCAUUUUCAGAACACUUUUUCAACUCAAAUCGAUAUCCUUUUCUGAAAACAUACAUAGACUCGAAUAGUAUGAUUGGAGAAGGAACAUCUCUACUAUCAAUUGAACACAUGACAAUGUCUCAAUUAAGUUGUCCAUCUCUUUUUCUAAAUUUCCUUAAUCGAUCACCAGUCUUGAAAUAUAUUCGAACACAAAUAGAAUUUGGUGAUUAA